CCACUCCAAAUUUCCAACUGAUCGGUUCCUUUCAUGCAACAAGCAGUUGAAAAUGAAAACUAGCUCAUGAUGUUCAAUAUAUUCAAGAUAAAUCUACUCAUUGGUGAGAUUUGUUUGUGGACAUCAAUGGAUGUGUUCAUGAAAGAUGAAGAUGGUUUGAGGCAGUCUGAUCGUAGAGAAUUCUCCAAAACAACAUCAUACACAGACUCAGGGGGCUUGGAUUUCGGUGAUGUUUUUGGGGGGCCGCCGCGGCCACACCUUCACGGUGAUGAUUUCUUUGAUGACAUAUUUAGGGGCCAUGAAUCAUAUAGUUCGUCAUGGAGAACUCAUUGUCGUCAUCAAUCGAGUUUUCCAGACAAAUCUAGCAAAUUAGUUGUGGAAUUUCCUACCUAUUCUUCAACAAGUGAUCAUGCUUUGGAGAAUAAGAACAAGAGAUUCUCAAAUGAUAAAAAUGGAGGGCUAAAAUAUGGAGUUCAUCAAAGCCCCAGAAGUAGUGCCACCUUCCAUAGAAAUGAUGAUGUACCAAACGUUGGAAAGGAUUUGUAUAGUCAGAGCAAUAGGUAUCAUUUCAGUGCUGAUAAUGUGAAGGGAUGCUUUGCCAAGAUAUUCAACAAUGAAACAGAUUUAAGCCCAAAAUCCUAUGUUAAGAUGCAAAGUCAGAGUUGCAGGUGGACGGCAAUAGGAAUAGGAGUCAACCUAAUGGAAAAUCAUAAUCAAGUGGAUGAGAGUUUAAGAAAGGUGAAACCACAAGAAUGGCCUUCAGCGAGUUAUGCAAGAAACGAUGCUAAUUGUAUCAAUAAGAAGAACGCAUUUUCAUCAGAGGAUGAUUCCAACGACACUUUUCAAGACUUCUUCGAGUUGAAGGAGUUGCAUGAUGAUCUUCAACAAGCUACACCAUGUGAGGACACUACAUUGUUGCAGCAGAGGCAGGCGGCUGAUGCUAAAAUUCGGCGGUGGUCAGCAGGGAAGGAAGGGAACAUUCGGUGUCUCCUGUCAACCCUACAAUAUGUUCUUUGGUCGGGAAGCGGAUGGCAGCCAAUCGCGUUGGUUGAUCUAGUUGAGGAGAAUCCGGUGAAACGAGGUUAUCAGAAAGCGUUGCUCCGCCUACAUCCAGAUAAACUUCAGCAGAAAGGCGCUGCUUCUCAUCACAAGUAUAUUGCCCUUCAAGUUUUUGAUAUUCUUCAGGAAGCAUGGGACCAUUUCAACAACACUUGUCCAAUUUAACCAUUCAUGCAGGCAUGUAUGCAUACUCGGUCCAGCAUAGUGCACAAUGCAUAUAUCAAUCUUAGCAAAAAUAAAUGUAAUACCACAUGUAUAGUGCACGUUAAUUUGCUGCUUUUUUAAGAAUACCAAAUUAAAACGCAAUUACUGCGUUGGAACAAACAUUUGAGUUGGUAUAUUUUCUCAAUACUUGGUAGAGCAUGUAAACAUUAAUAUAAUCCCAUUUUCUCCCGCAACACAAUUAUAAAAAAAAGGAGUUAUUUAUGGAUAA